CCAAUCAGAGGCGACUACUGAUGCUCUGCAGUUGUAUAAAUGCAGCGUGGAGCAGGAGCGUGGAGCAGGAAUGACCAACAACAGAAAGCCUCUCCACGACCUCCCAUUUACACACUCACGUCUGAAGCCUGUGAUAUUUUUCUACACUUAACAUCAGGUUUUGGGGUCAAGAAAAAUGGCCACAUCAGCGAGUUCAAAGCUGAACAAAGCUGUGACGCAGCAGUACAUGAGUCUCCCUCAAGGAGACUCGGUCCAAGCUAUGUACAUCUGGAUCGAUGGGUCUGGAGAGGGGCUCCGCUGCAAGACCAGAACUUUAGAUUCUGAUCCCAAGACGAUUGAAGACCUUCCUGAGUGGAACUUUGACGGCUCCAGCACCUACCAGUCAGAGGGCUCCAACAGCGACAUGUUCCUGAUCCCUGUAGCUAUGUUCAGGGACCCGUUCAGGAAAGACCCCAACAAGCUGGUGCUCUGUGAAGUGCUCAAGUACAAUCACAAGCCAGCAGAGACCAACCUGCGCCACACCUGUAGAAAGAUCAUGACCAUGGUGGAUAACAGCCUCCCAUGGUUUGGUAUGGAGCAGGAGUACACGAUCCUUGGCACAGAUGGACACCCCUUUGGCUGGCCCUCCAACGGCUUCCCAGGUCCACAGGGGCCUUAUUAUUGUGGAGUAGGAGCAGAUAAGGCAUAUGGACGAGACGUAGUGGAAGCUCACUACAAAGCCUGUCUGUAUGCUGGGGUUCAGAUCUGUGGAACCAAUGCUGAAGUCAUGCCAGCUCAGUGGGAGUUCCAGGUUGGGCCAUGUGUAGGUAUCAACAUGGGGGACCACCUGUGGAUUGCUCGUUUCAUCCUUCACAGGGUCUGCGAGGAUUUUGGCGUGGUGGCGUCCUUUGACCCCAAGCCUAUCGCAGGGAACUGGAAUGGUGCCGGCUGCCACACCAAUUUCAGCACGAAGGAAAUGCGAGAGGACGGUGGACUGAAGGUCAUUGAAGAGUCAAUUGAGAGGCUGGCAAAGAGACACAUGUAUCACAUCCGCGCCUACGACCCCAAAGGCGGCCUGGACAACGCCAGACGACUCACCGGUCGUCACGAAACCUCAAACAUAGACGAGUUCUCCGCCGGCGUGGCCAACCGUGGUGCCAGCAUCCGCAUCCCCCGGGCAGUAGGGCAGGAUAAGAAGGGCUACUUCGAGGACCGUCGUCCGUCGGCCAACUGCGACCCUUACAUCGUCACAGAGGCUCUGGUGCGUUCAUGUUUACUCAAAGAAGAAGGAGAGGAGCCCACAGAUUACAGCAAAUGAACAAUCUAAAAGUCAAAGAGCCAUUAUGAGUACUGUAAGUAACCAUGUGUCUUUUUCAAGACUCUACGGAUCAAUCUUUCCCUUACUGAACUUUUUACUUGACUGAUGAAAUGUUGAGGUAUUUCUGCCUUCUUUCAGUCGUAUACAGGAAGUCUUCACCUCUAACGUAAACACUGCCUUUUUGUUUGUUCAGUUCAUUCUGUCAUGGUAGCUGAUAGUAUGUCGAGAAGUACAUGAUUGUCAUGUGUUUUAACUCGUACUAAUGAAAAAUUUUAAAUGUCUGAACAGCAGGAUGUUGCUGUGAAUCUUAUAACUUUGACCUAAAGGAUCCCAAUGGCGUUUGAAUGUUCUUAGCCGUCAUGGCCGAUGUCUCGACAGUGGUUUUAUCAUGUUGUAGAUAGUUAAAGGUCAUUAUAGCCAAUCUACUUUUGUAUGUUUUUUAAAUACCACAUUUCUGUUGUUUUCACUUAUGAUUGUCACUGCUAAAGAUCUUAAAUAAACAGCUAACAUUUUUA